CAUUCUAUGUUCAUUCCGUAUGGUAUGGUGUUGGAUCCAGAUGUUUUGAAUCCAGAUGACGCAGACUGAUCUGCCCUCGCGCCUCUAUAUUUUACAUCCUGUUCUGAAGAAGUUUGCUGUGACGUCAUGGAUCCUCCAAAUGACCAAAUAAGGAAGGUGACACACGCGAGAGGAAUGUAUUCAACUCAGAUUUCACUUCAAUGAUCCGAAAAGAAACGAUCAAUGAACGGCGCGAGACGAAUUUAACAACUUUAUCAUCUGUUGCUCAGACACACAACCUGCAGUGUGUGUGUGUGUGUGUGUAUGUGUGUGUGUAUGUAUGUGUGUGCUGCUGCGUGAGAGUUUUUGUGAGAGUGUGUGGAUGUGUCUGUGACUUGAGUUUGUUGAGAAAGAGAAAAGAGGAAGCAGUUCCGCCCUCAGAUCAGCCUGCAGGAGGAGGAGUAGAGAAGCUCGCGGAGAAGGACCCACACAGGCCGCUAUAAGGAUUCAAACUAACCCGCAGAUAGGCUCUCGUUCUCGGUGCAGAUUCCUGAGAAGUCCCGGUGUGGACUGAGGAGGAGCCCCGGACUCUGUACCUGAUAUCUGCUGCUCUCGGUGUGUUCGCGACAGAAUGAGGUCAAUGUGAAGAAAGUUUCAGAGACAAAAGCUAACUGUUCCCCCUCACAGGCGGGUCUGGAUCGGUUCUGGGCCUCACUUGUUGGUCUCAUCAGGUCCCGGACGGUUUUCUGAUCCGGAAAAAUCCCGGAUCGGUCAGACAGGAUGAGUGGAGAAGAGGAGAGAUUCAAGCUGGUGGUGGUGGGAGGAGGAGGGGUGGGCAAGAGCGCGCUGACCAUCCAGUUCAUCCAGUCAUACUUUGUGUCAGACUACGACCCGACCAUCGAGGACUCCUACACCAAGAUCUGCACUGUGGAUGGAAAAGAGACCAGACUUGACAUCUUGGACACAGCAGGUCAGGAAGAGUUUGGAGCGAUGAGGGAGCAGUACAUGAGAUCAGGAGAAGGAUUCUUACUUGUGUUUGCUCUCAACGACCGCGGCAGCUACCACGAGGUGCAGAAGUUUCACACUCAGAUCCUGAGGGUGAAGGACAGAGACGACUUCCCGAUGGUUUUGGUGGGGAACAAAGCGGACCUGGAGCAGCAGAGAGUGAUCUCCAGGGAGGAUGCUCAGGCGUUUGCUGCAGAGAACAGGAUCCACUACAUGGAGGCUUCAGCCAAAAACCGCUACAAUGUGGACGAGGCCUUCCUGGAACUGGUUCUAAUCAUCAGACGGUUUCAGGAGAUGGAGAGUCCUCCUCCUCAGACUCACCACACAGGCAAACGAAAGGGAGGUGGCUGUCCCUGUGUCCUCCUCUAAGGACUGUUACCAUGGAGACCACAAUCUGGUCCCACUUCAGCUUGUCCAAAGAGGAGUGCGUUUGAAUGUGUGUGUGUGUGUGUGUGUGUGUGUGUGUGUGUGUGUGUGUGUGUGUGUGUGUGUGUGUGUGUGUGUGUGUGUGUGUGUGUGUGUGUGUGCGUGAGAGAGAGAGAGAUGAGGUGCAUCAUUUUUAUUUCAUUUGCACUUUUUUUUGCCUUUUUUUUAACAUUGUAUUCUUCUGUCAGCACUGUGACUGAUGAUGAAUUACAACUUAUUUACAAUAUUUUACUUUAUUAUAAGAAUGUGUCUGUAACAUUUCAAUGUGUGGCACGCCCAAACACCACAUGGAGAAGGCAGGGUAAUGUGUUCCUCCUGCAGGGGGCAGCAGAGUCCAACAGAGGACACAAUUUUUAUUUCCAGCUCACAUUUUAAUAACAGAAAAAAAACAUCCAGAAAUACAACAUGUCAGUGAUCAGAUUGUGAAAUAUGUCUGAUGUAGAUUAUUUAUCCAAGAGGGUCUGAUCUGCAAACUCCUGAUUGAGGAGAAGCAUUCCUGAAAAUCUACACAAAAUCCUUCACGCUGCAGAACUAUAUUAAUGUUUCUGUGACACAGACACAAACACUGUGUGGAUGUUUAUGUAUUGAACAACAUCCUGGUACUUUUACAGCCUCUGCAUAUAAAAUGAAAUGUAUUUUUAAUCUUUUUUUUUUAGUAUUUUUAAUCACAGACAUGACUCAGUAAUAAUAAAACCUAGUGUACCAUCUGUACAGCAGAUAAACAGUAAUCCUCACUCAUGGUCCACUCUGGAGCUUCUAGCUGCAUGAUCUCAUGUUCAGCCAUGGAGAUGCUCCAUUUUCAUAAUGUGAGUUAAAGAAAGAGUUUGUAAGAUUAAGUGACAUCUAGUGGGGAGGUUGCAGGUUACAAGUUGCUCGUCAUUGCAGUAGCUAGAAAAAGCAAAUGUGCGAUAGUUGCCUAAAGGUUUUCUGUAUGAGAUACAAGCUGCAGCUUUGAAACAAAGCAGAUAGAAGAGGUACAGAAACUCCUAACAGAUACAGCAACUGAAGUGUGCUGCAGAAACGAACACUCUAAGUACUGCAACACCUGUCUUCAAACUCACCUGCGUAGGUCUUUGGGUUUUUGCUCUCUUUUUCAAGGCGGUGAUUGUUCCAGUAUUUGCCCAAAAUGUCACUCUUCUCUUAUGUCUCCACAAUACCUGCAGAGCAUCUAUCACCUGCAACCUAUUUAAAGUUUUCCUCCAUGAUUACAGGUAUCCAGUAAUAAUACAGUGUCAUGUUAAACCUCUACAAUGUCCGCCUUUAUACUGAAUCUGUGUUCUGUGAGGCUUUGGGCACUUUCACUUUUUUAAUGGUUCCUUUUUUUUUGGGGGACAUUUUUCUUUUAUGCCAACUAUAGACAGAAAAGGUGGUGGUGGUGGUGUUGGGGUGAGAUGGGGGGGUUGAAGACAUGCAGCAGAGUGUUGGGGUCAGAGUUCAAACCCGGCAGUUCAUGGUUUGUCUCUGCAUGUGCACCAAACUUCCCUUCUUUUCGUAUUUAUAUUUACUUUAAAAACUGCAUUUCAUAUGAUCAGUUGUAUAGUGAAAUGAAGAUCAAAUCACAUUUUUACAUCAUUAAAACUUUUACACAAACA